GGCGCUGCUCUGUCUUCGCCCAACGCUGUCGCACUGCAGCAGACAACAAAUAGCGACAACAACAACAACAAUAACAACAACGGAUCGCUGUGGCGACAUCAACGUAAUCCAACUGCAACUAUUGCUAGUAGCAUACCACUGCAGCAGCAACAACAACAAAAUAGGCAGCAGCAGGUGCACUUGUUGGCGUACAGGAAACGCUGCACGCAGGACAAGACAGCAACAGCAACAGCAACAACACCAAAAACACCAACAAAAUUAGUAACAACAACAAGAAGAACAGCGACGUGCAUUUCACUGAUAAAAACUGACAACGAAUUAUUAACGACGAGCCAAGACAAGAGCAACGAACGAAGAGCCGGCGAGGAGAGGAGUGGAAGUGGAGAGUGGAGUGGAAGCAUGACGUCGUCAUUGUGUUUGCUGUUUAAUAAAGCCGGAAAUGUGAUUGUAGUUUUAGUCAGCCUACAGCUAAUAUGGCUUACAUUAGUCGGCUGCCGGGAGCUAUCGCUGAGCAGCGAUUAUGGCAGCAUGUCCGCCUCCGUUGAGGAUGUGGACAUCAUCGAUACGCCGGUUACCGAGGAAACAUCACCGCACAGAAUCAACAUCGAAUCAACGCUCAACAGCAACGAGGAUAGCAAAAUCUUAGCAGCAGCAGCAGCAGCAGGCGCAACAGUUUCAGUUUUGGGCGGCUCUGCGGCGGGCACCCUGCUGGAGGAGUUCAACGGUGGCAAACUGACGCCAGCAGAGGCCAGCAACACGCUGCCAAUAUUCCUCAGCGAGCCAGAGAGCGUGUUUGUGGUCAAAAAUCGACCGGCGGUGCUCAAGUGUAAGGCGUCGCAUGCGCUCCAGCUGCACUUUAAAUGCAGUGGCAGUUCCCAGCCGCCGCCGUCGACGCACGACAAGCACGUGGAUCCGCACACGGGCGUCCACAUGGAGGAGGUGACUGCCACCAUACAUCGCGAUCUUGUCGACGAAUACUUUGGCAAGGGUCCAUUCAAGUGCGAGUGCCAGGCCUGGUCGUCGCGUGGUGUUGUCAAGAGUCAAGCGGCCACGGUGCAUAUUGCAUAUAUUCGCAAGUCUUUUGGUCAGUCGCCCACAUCGCUGCGCCUCGAGCUGGGCAGCCGUGCGGAACUGCAUUGCGAGCCGCCUGGCGGCUUUCCGGAACCGAAGCUCAGCUGGCAUAAGAACAAUGUGGUCAUAAGCGCCGACAGUGAGCCGGCCAUCAAUGUGGCCGGCAGCAGUCUCACCUUCCGCCAGGUGGCACUGCAACACAUGGCCAACUACAGCUGCAGCGCCGAGAAUAUUGCCGGCAAGCGCGUCUCCGAUUCGGCCGUGCUCAUUGUCUAUGUUAAUGGGGGCUGGAGCGCCUGGAGCCCAUGGCGCGAGUGCAAGUGCAGUGGGAAACCGAGUCAGGGCCGCAAGCGAACGCGCACCUGCACCAAUCCAAUGCCCUUGAACGGAGGUGGCCAAUGUGCGGGCCCCCAGAUACAGAAGUCCGCCGACUGUGCCGCAUGUCCAGAGGACACUCAAAUUGUGAGCGCUGAUGGAUUUGACAUUUCGUCGAGUAAGCGCAUUGCUCGCUGGUCGGCUUGGAGCGAAUGGAGCAUCUGUUCCGCGGAAUGCAUACAAGUGCGUCGCAGAAAAUGCCUGACGCACGCCUCUGUUGCCGACGUGGCAGAUGAAGCCGGCGAGCUGCUGCCGGGCGGUGUGGGUGGCGCCGCGGCACUCAGCAGCAUUGGAGGCAACGAUGGCGCCGGCAGCAUUACUAGCAGCAACAAUAACAACAACGGUGACUCUGACGGCUCAGGAUAUGGCAAAUCAUUGUGUGCCGGAAAAGAUAUACAAACGGCCGAAUGCCGUGGAGAGCAAUGCCAGAUUGGCAAGGAUGACUUCGAUUGGACACUGUACUUGGGACUGGCCUUUCUCACAGCCGUUUGCUUUGCCUUCGGCGCUGUUCUCAUCUGCUGUGCCCGACGUGGCAUACGCGCCAAUCCCCACUACAACAUGGCCCGUUCAGUUAUGGAUGCGGAUUAUAUGCCCGGCGUUGUCGACAAGAAGGAGAUGCGCAUGCACAUCGAGGCUGCCAAUUUGGGAUACGAUUAUGUCAAUCCCGGACAUCGUUACAUGCCCGGCGACCACAUCGUCGGCAUCGGCGUCGGCGUCGGCUGUGGCGGCGUUACGGAACAUCACUACGAUGUGCCCAACCUGGCGGCAAACUACACAAAUCCCAUAGACGAUUUGAGCGCAGAUUAUCUAUCAGAGACUGGCGAUUCCUCCACAGCCGAUACCUCAAAUUCAACGUUUGAUAUGAAUGCCAAACUCUCUUUGCUGAACGCCUCGAAGAGCACCAGUUAUGAGCUGCUGGGCAGCAGUGGCGGCCAGUUGCGUUUGUAUAACGGUGAGCUGUUGCUCUUUGUGCCGGAGCUGGCGAUUGGGAAGCAUCUGAAGAAGCACGUCUCUCUGAUGCUGCUGAGCGACGAGUGCAGUCGCAUUGCCUGCGCCACGGAGAGCUCCAUAUUGUGCAGCAGUGUGGUGCAUUGUGCACCACGAAACUAUGGCUUCGUUAAGCCAGUGAUACUGAAGAUACCCCAUUGCCUGCUGUCGCCGGAGCAGUGGCAUGUGCACAUCUAUCACGCGGACAGCGAGCACGAUGAGCUCAAUGUGAGCUGGCGCCGUGCCGUCUCCGUGGGCGAGGAGACCAUCAAUACGCCCAUGUUUGUGCAGCUGGAGCCGACGCACGUUUACAUCAUGACGGAGCAGCUGGGACACUUUGCAGUCGUCGCCGAGCCACGCAUUCAGCAGCCCGCGAUUAAGAUGAAGUUACUGGCAUUCAGCCAGCAUACGCCGCCGAGCAGCGCCAACUGCAGCCUGCGCAUCUAUGUGGUCAAAGAUUUUCCCAACAGUCGCGAUUUGUGUGCCAACGUCGAGUGCAAACUGGGCGGCAGCUAUCUCGGCGAGAGUCAGGUCUUCGGCUUUGUGCUCAACAGUCUCAACUUGAACAUAAGGGUGCGCAGCUGCACGGAUGCCGAGGCGACGCUGUACGAACAUGCAAUACCCUAUCAGCACAUACUGGGCAACAAUUCCAUACUGCACUGUGAGUUCAGUGUGCGGCGGCAGGAGCAGCAUGCGCUCUGCGUCGACUUUGGCCAGGACAAUGAGCUGGAUUGUUAUACGUUCAGCUUGCCGGGACAGCAGCAGCAGCAACUGCAUCUGGAGGAGGAUGAGGAGCUGGUGUCGACCACAAACACAACGAUAUCGAUAGAUCGCCAGGGCAACUAUGUGAACGAGAGUUGUGUGCUUGACUUUGUGCAGCUGCCACAUGCCACAAAGCGUUUAAUUUGCGCCGCUCUAGAUCCGCCGCGUGCCGACGAACGCGACUGGCGACUGCUGGCGAAGAAACUGAGCACCGAUCGGUAUAUUGCCUACUUUGCCACAAAGCCAUCACCCACCGAGCAGAUACUCAAUCUGUGGGAGUGUCGCGCCAACAGUGGCAGCAGCAGCAGCAGCUCCUCCACUUCCAUAUCGCAUGCGAAUAGUAUUAUGGCACUGCUGCUCACCCUUAAGGAGAUGGGGCGCCAGGAUGUGCUGGACAUCAUUGUGGACACGAUUGGGCCACUCUGGAUUUAGGCGAGGGGAGUUGUUAAAAACAAGAAAACAAAAACAAAACUGUUCAUGAGUUGCCUUUUAUUUGAAAAAUGUAUUAAAAGUGCAGAGUGUGGAGCAAGUGCACCCAAGAAUUGGAAAUUGAAAACAAAAUCGAAUCGAAAUCGAAAUCGAAAUGAAACGAAAUGAAAAUAUUGAAAUCAAAGUCUAGGCUUAAGGCAAUAGGCGUAGUCAUAGUCUGUACUAGUUAUAAUAUAAGACACUAAGUUAAAUUCACCACAUAAAUGCAUUACAUAUAAAUGUGUGUAGUGUGUUGUGUUCAAGCAUGCGAAACUUGAACGUCUGCUCAACGAACUCUGUUCCCCAUGGGUGCCAUGCAUUUUUGAUACUACCUACUAUUUAGGGAUAAGUCAGAUAUUACUGUGUAGCUUAUAGUUAUUUGUGGCUUAGCAAACUUAUAGUUUUAAACAUUAGAUUUGUAGUAUUACAACUAUUUAUAUACACGUACAUACAACACAAUAUCCAUGUAUUAUAUGCAGUGAUUGCUAGAAUUUAGAAACGUUUUCUCAACAUUUUUCAAUUGUUUACCCAAAAUUCAAAAUUGAAUAGCUCUU